AUGAGUCCUGAACUUCAAAGGCAACAUGAGAAUAUGGAUUCUUGCACCAUUAUCUUGCAUCUCAGGGAGCUGUUUUACUCUCAAGGUAGGUCUGAGAGGUAUGAGACAUCUAAGGAAUUGUUUUGCUAUAAGAUGGUAGAAGGCUUUUCAGUUCCUGUUCACGUUCUGAAGAUGAUUGGCUAUAUUGAAAAAUUGGGCCACUUGGGCAUUGCCAUGGACCAUGAGUUGAGUAUUGACUUAGUCUUACAGUUCUUAUCACCCAGCUUUUCACAUUCUGUUUUGAAUUUUAAUGUGAACAAGCUGGAUCUUUCUUACCUAAGUUGCUUGUUGCUUGGUAUGCUUACCACUGUUGAAGGAGCCCUUAAGAAGGAUACAGCUCCAAUACUUUUAGUUCGAUCUUCUAAGGCUAAGAAAAAGCCCAAGAAGAAGCAGAAUAAAAAGAAGGCACUAAAGCCCAAUGGAGGUGUAACUAAAGAAAAUUGUACCUAUCACCACUGUGGCAAAGAUGGCCACUAG